ACCCCCCUCGUUGGACGCGUACGGAGGAAGGCCCCACCAUCUGUCGCCGUUCUUGAUCCCCCUCUUCGCCGCCCUCGCCGCGCUCUUCGUCCUCGUCGUGUGCUACGCGCUGUACGCGAGGUGGUAUUCGGGCCGGCCGCGGCCCGGGGCAGGGGACCGCCGCGGGCGGAGCCGGAGACGAGCGUCGUCCACGACGAGUUCCUCGACCACGACCAGGGGCCGGUCCUGGACCACCCGAUCUGGUACAUCCGCACCGUCGGACUCCCUCCGUCGGUCAUAAGCGCCAUCACGGCGUGCAAGUACAAGAAGGGCGAGGGGCUGAUCGAAGGGACGGAGUGCUCUGUUUGCUUGAGCGAGUUUCAGGAAGACGAGACUCUCAGGCUGCUGCCGAAGUGCAACCACGCUUUCCAUGUCCCGUGUAUCGAUACCUGGCUCCGAUCGCACACCAAUUGCCCCCUGUGCCGUGCGCCUAUCGUCACUAUCGCCGCGCAGGCUCUGCCGCCGGAGCGGCCGAACGCGGAGAGCUCUGCUUCUGCAGGGGAGAUGGGAAUUCAGGAGAUCGAUGAUGGUUUGGGGAGAGAAGCAGAAAGGGUUGCCGAACCGAGGAGCGAGAGCGAGGAGGAUGGUGAAUUGGACUUGGAGGAUGGGAGGAAGAGGAUCGAGGACUUGAGCAACGAGGUGCAACCGAUGAGGAGAUCCGUUUCCUUGGACUCUCUGUCAGCGUUGAAGAUCAGUCUCGCGGUGGCGAAUGCUCUUCGAGGUGAAUCAGGAUCCUCGAGGAAGUCUGGUCCUGAAUUGGCCGGAGAAAAUCAGGGAAUUGCCGUUACUAUCGUCCCCAAGAGGAAUGCUAGUUGCGAGAAGCAACCGAUGAGGUCGAUGGGCAGUUCCAGUUCAUCGAUCGGAAGAUCACUAGCGAGUGGAUCCAGCUCGAGAACAAGGUCGCUCUCCUCAAGCGGGAGGUUCUUGUUCUCGAAGUACGGCCGAAGCAGGAGCUUGGCUCUUCCUCUAUGAGAGGCUGGCCUCGGCAGGAGAAGAAAGGAAACAAGUUGGCCUUGUUCUUCUCUGUGUUUUGCUCAGUUCCGGUGUCCAGAAACCGAUAGAGGACGGCGCCAGGAAGCUUGCCAAGUUCAUAGGUGAGCCUGAUUCAAAGGAAUCCGACUCGCCAAUAAACGGAAUAUGUAUCAUACGGUUUGCGAUUUUGUUCUUCUGUUCUCCAUAAGAGCUCAAAUCAAAUGUAAGUAAAGCUUUUGUCCUAAGGAGUGAAGGCUGUAUACCAUCUUUACAUACUUGUCACUGCUAAAUUGAGUUCUUUAGU